AUGAAUAAAGAAAAAGCUGAUUAAGCAGUCCCCUUCAUUAUCUACAAAGAAAAGGAAGGAUUUAAGCUGAACCCUGAAGCAGAGGAAUAUUUAAAAACUUUAAAUCCAAAUAGAAAAAUAGCAGUAAUAUCAAUAGUAGGCAAAUAUCGUACUGGUAAAUCUUUCUUUGUUAACCGUGUUUUACUGGAUAGAGCAGGAAAGAAGGCAGGCUUUUCUGUUGGACCCACAAUCAAUCCAUGCACAAAGGGUUUGUGGAUUUGGAAGGAGACAUUAUAUAGCGAAGAAUUGUCAGAGGAUGUUGAUGUUAUUCUUAUAGAUACAGAAGGGUUUGGAGGUAUGGAUGAAAAUUAAAAUCACGACUCGCGUAUAUUUUUAUUCUCCUUACUCUUGUCUUCCUAUUUCAUUUAUAACUCUCAGGGAAAUAUUGAUGAAACAGCAUUAAACAACAUCUCAUUAAUUAUCAAUCUUUCCAAGGAUAUUAAAGUUUCUGAUAAUAAUAGCUAAGAUCAAGAUCCUGCAGACUUCUUUCCCUCUUUCCUUUGGGUAGUGAGAGAUUUCGCUUUACAAAUGGUUGAUACCCAAGGAUAGAAAAUAACCUCAAAAGAUUACCUUGAAAGAGCUCUAGAAAACCAAAAAGGAGUGUCUGAUGCUAUUGAAUAAAAAAAUAGAAUUAGAAGAUAGCUCAAACAUUUCUUUAAAGAUAGAGACUGUGCUACACUAGUUCGUCCUAUUGAAGCUGAAACAGAUUUAUAAAGAUUAAAUGAAAUGUAAAAUGACUAACUUCGUCCAGAGUUCGUAACUUAAAUUAACCAGCUCAGAAAAAAAAUAUUUAGGAAAAUUAAGCCUAAAAUUAUCAAUGGAAAAGCACUUAAUGGUCAAUAGUUAGUUGAAAUUUGUAAAGCUUAUAUCCAUGCAAUUAACAAGGGUACUCUCCCUAAUAUUGAAAACGCAUGGAAUUACAUGUGCAAGAAUGAGUCUAUCAAAGCUAUGGAUGAAUGCUUAUAUGAAAUGUAAAAUAACUUAGAGUAAAUGAUGAACUAGGAAGGAGCUAUUAGCUCUCAACAAAUUCAUGACUUAAAAGCAAAAGUUAGAGAAGAGUUAAUCAAAAAUUUCAAAAAAAAGAGUAUUGCUUCUGAAGAAGAACUUAAAGAGUUUUAUGAGUAAUUAGAUCGUCAAUUUGCUGAGAAAUUUAGAGAUUUUAAGAAAAAAAACAAAGAAAGACUGCAAGAAAGAUUUUAAGAUAUGUGCAGCGACAGAUUAAAAGAGUUUGAAAGCAAAUUGAAUAAUGAAGAAUAUUCAAAUUACUAUGAAUUUUAAAAGGAUUUUCUUGAAUUCAAAGACUAAUUUGAAAGAAGUGUUGGCAAAAGCCCCGAAAGCGAAGAAUACUUCAAAAAAAUAAGUGAAAGUAUUUACAGAUAAGCUGCUGAAAAGGUGAAUAUUAAAUAGUAGCGUGAAUUAGAAAAGGAAAAGCGUAUCUUAGAGUAAAAAUUCUAAUUAUCUGAAAAUGACUUGAAAAAUAAGAGAUAGUCUUGGGAAGAUGAAAGAAGAGAGCUCUAGCGUAAAAUAUAAGAGCUUGAAAGAGAGAGGGCUUAAUUGAUGGCUAAUGAAUAAUUUAACUAAGAGAAAAUUUAACGUAUCACUCAAGAAAGAGAUAAAUUAGAAAAACAAUACGAUUUGCUCCAAGAAAAAUACAGAGAAAGCUAAUCAAAGUUAACAAACAUAAGCCAAGAUUAACUCGUUUCAAUUUAAAAAGAAUUAGAAACUGUUAAAAGUGAAAACAUGAAAGCUCAAUCUAAUCUUGAAAAAGAAAAUGCUCUCCUCCAACAAGAAAAUAAAUUUUGCAACAAGGAAAAUGAGAGGUUAACAAGCUAGCUUGAAAAAGUCCAAACUCAAAUUUAAAAAUACCAAUAAGAUUACUAAUAAUCUUAAUCAAUUAUUAAUUAACUCAAAAAUUAAAUGAAUGCCUUAGAAGUAUCCAAAAAAGCUGAGAUCGAGCAAAUAAAGGCUGAAUUUUAAGGAAAGAUCAAAGAAGCUCAUUAAGAAAAAGAGCAAAGCAAAGAUCUCAUUAAGUAGCAAUCUGAAUCUCUUGUAGAAAAAGCAUACUUAGAAAACUAAGUUCAAUUCCUUUAGAGCUAGCUUGACGAAAACAAAAGACUUCACGAUGCACUUCUUUUAGCUCUUUAAUAGGGUAUGUAAAAAGACGAGGGUGAAAACACAAACGAGUUAGUUGAAACUAACAAGAAUCUUUCGGCUGCUAUGGAUAAAUUAGAAUAGAGAUGCAGUAUGCUAGAUGAUAAAGUAAUCAAAUUAAAAGAAUUCAAAAGAAUGGUUAAGAAUUGCACCUCUCUGUAGUGCAUUAACUGCUCUAAAUUUAUUGCUAACAGAAUAUUCUUACAACAUCUUAAUAACUGUUCUCUCUCAACUACCUAAGCUUCUUCAUCUACUUAAAGUGGAAUAAGCCGCCAUUAAUAUUCUCAUUCAAUAAGUUCAGUUUACCAGUCUCAAAUUCUUCCUUAAGGAUUAAUGAGUGGUUACUAAGCCAGUUAAAUGGGAUCAUAGCAAACAAUUUCGAAUAACAGCCUUGAGAAUGGAGUACUUAUUGUUAAUGUGAGCAAAACUAUAGUCCGUGAAUCCUCUGAUAAUAAGCCUUACACUGAUUAUAUCGUUUCUGUUAAUUAUCAAAACUAGCAAAAGUGGGAAAUACCUAAAAAAUACAAAAAUUUCUGCGAAUUACAUCACACACUAACUACUAUGUUCCCAAGUAUGAAAUUCCCUGAAUCUUCUCUUGCUAUUAUAAAUGCAAACUCUGAUUUAGGAAGUACUCAAAAUUAAAAACGCCCAUCCGUUAUUGAAGAAAGAAGAAAGGCAUUAUCUCUUUAUUUGAAAGAUUUAUGCAGAAUCGAAUAAAUAAGAAAUUCUAAGGUGCUAAGAAAUUUCUUGGAAUUAGAUAUGCAUAUCUAAAAUACUUCAUACACAAAGAGUUCAAGUAGUUUUAUUGGAAGCUUAAAUACAACUACAAAUGGAAAUAACAACAAUAAUGGUGGAAUAUUCUAAAAUAGUAUCACCAACAAUAAUAACAUUAAUUCUAAUUCUUUUAUAGGCUAAAUCAAUGAAAAGCCUCUUCUAAGUGCUAGAAACUCUGAACAAGAAAAUGAUUUCCAAGGACAAAAUACUCCUAAGUACCAUCAGUAAUAACCAUCUGGAACUUAUUUCAAUUAAACUUAAGGAGUAAACUACUAACAACAACAAUAGCAAUAAUAGUAGUAGUAAUACACAAAAAAUGAUAAAAAAAUUUAAUCUUCUCAAUCUACAAGCUACAUUUAAGCUUGGUAAAAUAAAGAAAAUAAGAUUGUAUAAAAUUCUAUGAACAGCAAAAACCCUUACAAUAUUUAUCAAUGA